AGCCGCGAAAGGUCCCAGUUAUAUUCGAAUUUUCUUUAUUUACCUUAAUGCUAAAAUUAUUGUCCUAUAACAAAAUUAGUUCCCGUUUCCAAAAACAACUAUUGUGAUUAAAUUAUUUGUUUCCUGUUUUAAGCUGAUAUAAAAAGAAUAAUAUUAGAAAUCCUACCCGAUCUCGAAAGCACCUAAUGUUAUGACAUCAUUAAUCUCCCGUCUUAAGCUGAUAUAAAAAGUAUAUACAUAUAAAGCAACUAUGAUAAUUUAAGCGAACGCUAAGAACUAUCAAAGCCCCAGAUCUAUAAAACCUACAUGGGUAUUUACAUAAAGCCCAGCAGGGCAAUACACAAGCUCACGAUAAGCAUCAACAAUUGAAGCGGCCUUGUCUGGGACCAAAUCCGGAACACGGUCCUCGAGAGAUUUCACCUCACGUGAACUGCUCCUCUUCCCAGAUGACUUGCAAAAAGCCGAUGACUAGCGGGUUCUCGGCCGGACUAUAAUAGUGAUAUCAGUAUAUUAGUAUACAGCUCUGCUAGUUGAAUGACAGUGAAAAUUGGGUGACCUAGCUGCGGACCCAUCGCAGAUUACUUAAUCUCGGUUAACGAGGAGUUCUUAUCGCACUCUACUGUGAGAAUCUUACAAAGGGGCCUUGAGAUCCUAGAAGAUUAUACCAUCAUCUAGAUAAGGUUCGUACGCGAGUCCGCCGUCGAUAGAUUGUAUUUAGAGCAGGCAAUUCCGGAGAUAAUUUGUGGGUGGGCAGAAAAAUCUUAUAUAAAGACAAGGCGGUGGCCGGGAUCCGCUUAAUCGUGAUUCUACGGCCACGGAGCCAGAAAGUGAAAAGUGAUCCGAGAUCUGUGAACCGUGAAUCCUUUCGAAAUGGCGUCCCCUGUGAAUGCCACCGUUUUCGCAACCACGGCUGCCACCGUUAUUCCCGAUUCCCAGUUUGUUUUCAAUUCCACGGACUACGCCGUAUUCGCACUAAUGCUGGGAAUCUCCGCCUCAAUCGGAGUUUACUUCGGAUUCUUUGCCAAGGGUGCCGACACCACGGAGGAGUAUCUGAUGGGCGGCAAGCGGAUGAAGACCAUUCCGAUUGCCAUUUCUCUGGUGGCCAGCCAAUUGUCGGCCAUAUCCAUCAUGACCAUUCCGGCGGAGAUGUACGCCUACGGAGUCAAUUGGUUUUUCAAUGUGGUUUGCAUGCUGGUUGUGGUGCCGCUUCUCAACUACGUGGUCAUCCCGGUCUUUUAUAACAACAACAUCACAAACUGCUAUGAGUACUUGGAGAUGCGCUUUUGCCGGGAGGUAAGAGUGCUUCAGACAUUCAUCUUCAUCAUGACGAUGUUCUUUAUGCUGCCAAUCUUUAUUUUUCUGCCUUCACUGGCUUUUGCACAGGUGACUGGAUUUAACGUGCACAUAAUCAACACCAUUGUCUGCGGCAUCUGCAUCUUCUACACCAUGUUUGGCGGCAUCAAGGCUGUGGUGUGGACCGAUGUUAUCCAAGCCGCAAUAAUGGUUGCGUCGGUUGUUCUGGUGGGCAUAAUGGGCGCCAAUCGAGUGGGUGGUUUCUCCGAAGUUUUCCGCAUUGCCGGCGAGGGAGGGCGAUUAGAUAUUAACUUUAAUUUUGAUUUGACCACACGCUCCACAAUUUGGAAUAUUUUCACCUCGGCGACACUAAUGUGGUCGGGAUAUGUGGGUUUGAAUCAGAGCUGCGUUCAGAGAAUUGUGUCCCUGCCAUCAUUGGGUCACGCCAGGAGAGCCCUCGUCCUUUUCGGCUUUGGCUUCAUCCUGAUCAUGUUCUUCAACUGCUUCACGGGCGUCGUUAUAUACGCCCGCUUCCACGACUGCGAUCCCCUCGAUGCAGGUCAUGUCUCUAAGGUGGACAAGAUGGUUCCGUAUUUCGUGCAGGAUACAGUGGGUCAGUUGUGGGGCAUGCCAGGCGUGUUCAUAUCGUGUGUGUUCAGUGCUGCUCUCAGCACACUGUCCGCCAGUAUAAAUUCGUUGGGCGGAGUGGUCUACUUUGACUACAUCAAACCCCACAUCCGGCACACGGAGCACAGGGCCAACGUGAUUAUGAAGCUGUUCGUGCUCUUUUCUGGAAUAUAUUGCAUCAUUGGGGGAAUGGUGGUGGAGAACUUCAACUCCAUUCUACAGGUUAUCUAUUCGAUUGGAGGCGUUAGCUUUGGCUCCACGUGUGGUGUUUUCAUGCUGGGAAUGCUGGUACCGAAAUCCCAUGGAAGGGCUGCCUUGGUUGGGGUGUUUGUUAGUAUCGUCUGCAUGGCCAGUAUUGUGAUUUUGAGUUGGGGACGCAAUCACUACGAUCCUCUGCCCACCAGCACCGCCGCCUGUCCAGCUCCUUCUUUCAACGCAACCAUUACCAAUUCCAGCACAGUUUCAUCACUGCUUUUUAAUUCCACAACAGAAAGCCCGGAAAAAGUUGAUGAGGGGUUCAGCAUCCUGGAUCUCUCCUUCAACUGGUACACGGUGAUGGGCUUCGUCAUCACCUGGCUGGUAGCUGUUCCCCUGAGCUACAUCCUGAAGCCUAGACCCGAUUACAAACCGGACCCAAAGCUCCUGUCGCCGGUGGUGCAGCCCUUUGUCCACUACAAGUUGACACCAUUGGAGGAACCCCACCAACUGAAGCUGGAAAAGCCCGAAAAAGUAUGAGGACAUGGGUGUGGUUCUUAACAAUAAAGUAUGCUUCAUAAGCAUAGCUAUAUUAUAACAUAGGUAGUGCAGCUUAAACUCUCUAACUCUCAACAAUAUCUACCAAGUAAUGUUUUAAAGCCUUAAACGGUUCUUUAUUGUUCUAUCAAAUGUUAACUGUGUGGUCUAGUUUCUAAAUGUUCUAUUAAAUGUUAACUGUUAACUUGUUUGUUAGCGGAGUACACAAAAUAAAAUAAAACUAACUUAGAAAAUUAA